UGUUGAUUGUGUGUGUGUUAGUGUAAUUGCUGCUGCUAUGCCUCUGGCCGUGCGGGGACUUCUCGGGGUCUCUGUCCGCUGCUGCAGUCACUUUCACCGCCUGGUGCCCAGGAGCCGGAGCCGCUGGGGCUCCGCAGCUCGACUGUACAGCAAUAAAUCCAAAGAGGUUGAGAAGUUGGUGAUUUGUGUUGAAGGGAAUAUUGCGAGUGGGAAGACGACUUGCCUGGAGUACUUUGCAAACUCGUGCAACAUUGAGACCCUGACAGAGCCUGUGCCAAAGUGGAGGAAUAUUUGGAACCACAACCUGCUGGCAUUGAUGUAUGAAGAUCCCUCACGGUGGGCGAUUACUCUCCAGACCUAUGUCCAGCUCACGAUGUUGCAACAGCAUAUUCUGCCUCAGACAGUGCCGGUCCGAAUGAUCGAGAGGUCAAUUUACAGCGCAAAAUACGUCUUUGUGGAGAAUCAUUACCGAAGUUCCACUAUGCCAGCUGUGGAUUAUGCCGUGCUCACCGAGUGGUUUAAUUGGAUCGUGACGAACGUCCAUAUUCCAAUCGAUUUGAUUGUGUAUCUUCAAACCACUCCAGAGACCUGUCAGGAGAGACUGAAAUCCCGGUGUAGGACUGAAGAGAAAGUGAUUCCCUUAGAGUAUUUAGAAGCUCUUCAUCAGCUUUAUGAAGACUGGCUAAUCAGAGAGACCUCCUUCACAGUACCUGCCCCUGUGCUGGUGAUCCCUGCAGAUCAUGAUGUUCAGAAGAUGCUGAAACAGUACGAGGACCAAAAGGAGAAGAUUCUGUAUCCCUUUUGCAAAAGAUCCUCUACAUGAAAACUACAUGUAGACUGGAGUUUUCUACAUGUAAACAUGUAUAACUGGAUGAUCAACAACUUAAACCUUUCACUUUACAGUGAAUCCUAUACAACCAAAACUGUUAGGUACAUUUGCCAUAAGCUCCAACUUAGAACAUUUUGAACCAGGUGGAACUAGUUCCAGUUGAUUUUUUUCACGGGGUGAGGGCAACCGUGGCUAGGGCAGCAUUUGCCCAUCCCAAAUUACCCACAGGGUAUCAAGUGUCAACCACAUCGCUGUGGGUCUGGAGUCACAUGUAGGCCAGACAAGGAUGGUAGAUUCCUUCAGGAAUCAGCAUUCGUUAGACUCUUAAUUCCCGAUUUUUACUGAAUUCAAAUUCCACCAUCUGCCAUGGUGGGAUCAGAACCUGGGACUCCAGAACAUUACCUGGGUCUCUGAAUUAACAGUCCAGCGAUAGUACCACUAGGCCAUCCCCUCUCCUAGAUGGUUUGAUGGUAGUUUAGUUGUGUUAUUGGAGGUUUAAUUAUGAACCCUUGUCUUGCCGACACUGCCAUUGACUGAGUUCAUGCUCCGAUUUGGCAGUGUUCUGGCUGUUACUUGUGAUUAGAAUGGUUCUCGGUCUGCUACUUUCCCAUUGCUAUUCCUUGACCUUUGGGAAUGUUACAUUCCACACUUAAUUAUAUGAUGGGACAGAGGAGGACGAUAAGUGAAUCAUGCAUUCUUUAAGUAACGUUGUUCAGUUAAGCAGCAAGCACUAUGUUUAUCAUGCUUCUUUAUUUAAAUCAACAAGAAAUGACCAAAAUAAGUCCAAUAUUUACUUAAAGUGCAAUCUGGAAUGUACAGAAAUUGGCCAUUUGGCCCAACUAAUCAGUGUUUGUUCCAUGUUUACUUUGUCCCAGUUUGUCUGUCUCCCCUUUGUGUGGGAUAAAGCUCCAUAGAUUACAAAAAUCAGACAGUUACACAAAAUCUUUAAACAAUCCCAGCAGGGUAUAAUGUGUCUUGGGUUUUGUUUUUAUGUUGUACUUUAGUCAUGAGUUUUGGAGAGAGUAUAGAAUUGAUAAGGGUUCAAAAGGCUGAAUUCUCAUAAUUUCUGCAUCUGAAUAGCUUCCUGCAACAUUCUGUGCUGUUCUGUAAACUCCUCUCCUUGGAAUGCUACCAGAGAUGAUGCAGGUACGUGCUUUGGCUGAGAUGCUGGGGAUGAGUCGGAGAAGAUGAAUCUUAAGAGGAGAUUUAAUGGAGGUGGUUAAAAUCAUACGCUGCUACAGUGGAGUAUUUAGAGCAGCAAUAUUUUCAAUGAAGAUUGGAGAAUGGCCGGGGUGGGGGAGGGAUGCACAGGAUCCAAGUGAUUGGCAAAAGAGGACAGACGGAAAAGCUUUUUAAUGCACAAAGUGGUUAGGAUUUGGAAAGCGGUGCCUUACAGUGAGAACUUGCAGCAACUUUGGAAAGAGAAUUGGAUUAAAAUGUGAAAGAGGAAAUGGAUGUAGAACAUUGGGCAAGUAAGUGAAUUGGAUGCACUGGGUUGCUUUUUAAAGCAGCCAAACGCAGAUUAGAUUUUGGACUAACAAGGGAGGCCGAGGUUAUCAGGAUAUAAGCAGCAUGCUCCUAAUGUUUGUGUUGGUGUAGCCUCCUGUAAACCUGUUUUCUCUGGCAUUCCCUUGGGUUUGAAGAUACCUUGCUUCCUGCCUGGUUCUGUGAACUCUGAGGUGGUUGAUAAUCCAGAUUCUGCUACAUGUCGGGGGAGGGGGGGUUGGUGGUGGUGUGUGUGGUGUGGCACUUGAAGGUUAGGAGAUGGAUUAUUUGUAUGUUUCCUCCGACACCUAGACUCUACCUGCUGUAUGUUCCCAACGAUUGCUCUCAAUGUGCUUGACUCCUUCCUGGAUUAACCUUUUCCUGUUUUGCCCAUCACAGCCAAGUCCUCUCAUGAGUUGGUGGGGGACGUGUGACUGACUUCUGGAAGGCUUUGAGGGGACAGCCUGAAAGAGGGGGGAGGGGUGCAGGAUGGAAAGGGAGAACAUAACUCUGGGGUGAAUGUGUAGUCAAUAUCACUGUGACCCUUCAAGAUUUAAUUGUAUUUAUGUUGUUUUAUUGUGUUAGAUAUUUGUGCUUACAAAAUUUAUUGUUACAGUUAAGAUUGUUACAUGGCCCCUGUUUUUGAAAAAAAGAACCUUUUCUCCAGGGAACAGAUUAAACAAUUGUAUUGAUCCUCAUUGACCAGUUCUGACCAGUACCUGAGCUGGAGUGGUAUCACUCUCACAGGAGAACACUGACCACUUCGUUCAUGUCCUGAUAGAUGUCUUUAACUGCACUGUGUGUUGGGACCACACUCUGUACUUUUGUAAACAUUCGUUUUAUUCUUCACACGUGUUAAAGUUAAUGGAAAAUUGUUACAUGAGCCCAGCUUUUUGCCAUAUUCUAUUUACCAUCGUUUCUUCCGUGACUCUGUGUGCUGAAAAUAAACAAUU